GUUUUACUGGCAAGUCAACAUAAUCGUCCGGUGUUCAUUCCAGGUGGUCUGUUUGUGUGCCUGAAAACUUAUGCUUGCUUCUGCUUUACUCAUGUGGGGCUGUAUGCGGAGCAGUCUCGCAAUACAUUAUUCCUCCACAUUUUAAGUAAAAAGGUAAAUCUUGAGCCUGAGGAGGAAUCUGAUGGUGAACCUAAGGACAAGAUAACACGUCUUGCUAUUGAUACCGGACUCGAAAAGAAGUUUGAGGUUCAAGACACAUUCUCUUUGGUCUCAUUCCCACACAUUAAUGCCAAAUGCCCGAUUGAUGAAAAGCUUGGUUCAGAUCUAUAUGGCACGUGUCAAUAUGUAAUUGCCGCUACAAGUGCUGAACGAAUAGCGCUGUUGCAAAGCGCCAGCAAUGCAUGGGAUGGAGAGAUAAAACAAAUAACCAAACACAGCAAUUUGGAGCAGUUAUCUAAUGGGAAGGUGAUUCCAAUGAGUGGCUGGACUUGUGAAGCGGAUGGUUGUACUAUGAACGAGAACUUGUGGUUGAAUUUAACUGAUGGUGCCAUUAGAUGUGGCAGAAGUCAGUUUGUCGCCGAAGGUCAAAUGUGCAAAGGAAACAACCACAUGAAGCAGUAUUACGAUGCUACUGGGUAUCCAUUGGUAGUUAAACUCGGCACGAUUUCGAGCGAUGGAACUGCGGACGUUUUUAGCUACGAUGAGGAUGACGCUGUUAUCGAUCCCAACCUAGAAAAGCAUCUAGCUCAUUUUGGUAUAGAUCCGAAGAAAUUGAAAAAGACGGAGAAAAGUACACUAGAAUUGGAGUUGGAUAUGAAUCAAAAGUGGGAGUGGGCGAAAUGUCAAGAGGAUGGUGCAAGCUUGGAGAAUAUUUUCGGACCUGGAUACACCGGUUUGAUCAACAUCGGAUCUAGCUGUUAUAUGAAUUCGGUACAUCAUGACUUCAACGCACAAGUGGCUAAGUUAUUUUCUGCUAUGGCUAGUGGAGAUUAUUCGGUGGAAAAUAGCACCAUGAAUGGUAUCAAACCAUCACAGUUCAAACGAGUCGUUGCUGGAAAUCAUCCUGAGUUUUCUUCCAGUCGGCAACAGGAUGCAGAAGAGUAUGUCAGGUUCCUUUUGGACAAGAUUUCAUCGAACACACCUGUUGAGGUUCACGACCCAACUCUAUCAUUAAAAUUCAAGAUGGAAAGCAGAUUUGAGGAUAUUGCGUCUACUAUGGUGCGGUACACAGAUAGAGAAGAAACAGUGCUAGCUGUACCGGUUCCAAAGGCAGCGAUUAGGGCUGGAGAUGGAGAAGGCCAAAGAUCCACAGUUGCUCUUACUGAUUGUCUUCACGCUCUGUUUGAACCAGAAACGAUUGAGGACUUUGUAAGUCCUAUUACAAAGGAGAAGAGGGGAGCGCGAACGACUAUACGGUUCAAAACUUUCCCUGACUUCCUUUUCUUGCAAGCACAGAGAUUUACGAUGUCACCUGAUUUCACCGUGAAGAAACUCGAUAUUGACUUGCAGGUUCCGGAUGAAAUAGAUCUGUCCGGUCUUCGAGAAUUGGGAAAAAGGAGAAUGAGGCACUUCUUCCUGAUGAUGCAAACGGCAUCGCCACCUCCGGCGCUGCCAGACUAUGAUAGAUCUAUCGCGGAGCAGUUAGAAGCGAUGGGAUUCACGAGAAAUGCGUCGAUCAAAGCUGCAAUAGAGACUGGUAGAAGUGGAGGCGUCGAGGCAGCUGCCGAAUGGGUUAUGCUUCGUCUUGAUGAUCCGUCCCUCAAUGACCCACCAGCGGUCCCUGCUGGUGGUCGUCCAGCUUCAGCAGGACCGGCGCACAUGGAAGGGCUCAAUGAGCUCGUAGCUUUUGAUUCCCGCUCAUCAAGCUGCGCUACGCAUUGA